AUGGGGAAGAUGCUGGGCAACAUUCGGCGCAAGAAUACCAGCGCUGCCGAUGUCGACCCCCAGAACCAAAGCCCCGAGGCUGUCGUGGCUCAGAGUGUGAAAUCAUUCUGCGAGUCGAGCGGCACCAACUCUGGCGAUGAGGUGCUCUACCUCCCCCCGAUCGUCGAGGCUGCCGAGUCCUCACCCCAGGCCGCUGCCGAGUGCGCGCGCCUCAUUCGCAAAUACCUGAAGAAAGACUACUGGACGAGGCCCUCCUACCAGUACAACGCAAUCAUGCUAAUGCGCAUUCUUGCCGACAACCCCGGGCCCACCUUUACACGGAAUAUGGACCAGAAGGCCGUGGACACCAUCAAGGAACUGCUCAGGAACGGUCGCGACCCAAGUGUACAGCAGAUGAUCAUGGAGACCAUGAAUGCGUUCGAGCAUAACAAGUCGGAUGAUGAGGGCUUAACUCUGCUCAUCAGCAUGUGGACCAAGGAGAAAGAGAAGGCGCAGAAGGCAGGGGGACGUGCCCCCCAGUACGCGCCACCCCAAAUGGUGAACUCGCCGCCCGUCUUCCCCAACUCGCAGAGCUACCACUCUCAGAACUACUUCUCGCGUCACCACACGAAUCGGCGGUUGCCAGACCCGGUUGAGCUGGCCAGCCGACUGGAAGAAGCACGAACAUCGGCAAAGUUGCUCCAGGAGGCCGUCACCAACACACCGCCUGGCGAGGUCUUGGACAACGAGUUCAUGAGGGAGUUCGCGGAUCGAUGCACAAGUGCAAGCCGGAGCAUUCAGGGUUACAUGACGGCAGAGAAUCCAUCUCCCGACAAUGACACCAUGGAGAACUUGAUCGACACCAACGAGCAACUGCAGUCUGCCUUGAGCCUACAUCAGAGAGCCAUGCUCAAUGCAAGAAAACACGCGGGACUCAAUACCCCUGGUGAGACCGCUCCCGAAGCAGGCUUGGCGCCGGUAUCAAACGGUGCUGGUUCUUCCCGACGGCCAUCGCCCAGCCCCGCGAGGCGUGACGAUGACGAUGAGGACUAUGAGCCCCCGCCAAUGCCUCCACGUAAGACCAAUGGGAAAGGAAAGGAGAAGAUGUACGAAGGCGCAACGGCGGGCCCCUCGAGAUCGAUUACACCGGAAGAGGAUCCAUUCCGAGACCCUGUCCCUGAGCCGUCGGGCUCCGGUUCUCAUCAGGGUCCUUCCUCGGGCGCGAGUGGUACAAAUUACCUGGGCGAGGCACCGAGACUUGCGUAUGAGCCCUUCCACCCGGGCUUCAAUGCCACCCCGAGUUAUCUAGGGCGGCAGGAAAGUUCUCUUGGCAAGGAGACCAUGCACGGGGGCGCGGGCACCGCUUCUGCGUCGAAACAGCCACACACCAAGGACGACGACGAUAACGAGCUCUACGACGCCACCCCCCAGAAGAGCAAGGAACCGAUGUAUCGGUACUAG